UUUUUCGCUAGCGUGGAUGAGGAGCGAAAAGUGAUCUGCGAAAAAGGAAUUAAAGUUUGGUAAGUUGUUCGCUACGUAAUUUGAAAGGAUCCUGCUUUGUUUCUUGCUGCUUUUUGUGCAGUUUUCAAAUGAGCAUUUUUCGCUAGCGUGGAUGAGGAGCGAAAAGUGAUCUGCGAAAAAGGAAUUAAAGUUUGAAUAUGCCACGUCGAGUUGGUAUUAAUCGCCAAAUACAGAGAGAGCAGCAAAGACAAUAUUAUCAAAACCGCCGUGAUGCACCUCCAAAUCCAGCUGCUGAUGAAGUUCCAGAUGAACAGCAACCUGCAGCUGCUGUAAAUGAAUUAGCUGCACUGCAGCUUCAAAUUGCACAAAAUGAGGUGCCACCACAACAGGGUAAUGAGCAAGCUGAAAUUGUGCAGCAGCCACAACAUGAUCAACAGCAACUGGCUGUGCAACAGAAUCCAGAUUUGCAAAUUGUGCAGCAGCCACAACAUGACCAACAGCAACCAGUUGUACACCAGAAUCCAGAUUUGCAGCCACAGCUCUUGUUCAACCUGCCACAACCACAUUACCUUGGUAUGAUGGAAAAUUCAUGUCAUCAUUGUCGUGGCAAAUUUUUCAUUGGUGAGCAGAAUUCACAUAAUGUAUUCACCAAGUGUUGCUUUCAAGGUAAAGUCACUCUGCCACCAAUUGCACUACCUUCAGCAAACAUUGUUGACUUGUUCAGUGCAGAAACACCACAGUCACGGCAUUUUUUAGAAAACAUUCGUCAAUACAAUGCAGCUAUGGCAAUGGCUUCCUGGAAUGCCACUGUCAACCAACUUCCUGGUAGAGGACCCCGUGUUGUCACCAUUCAUGGGCAAACCUACCACUUGACAAGUGCAACAGAUGCAGCUGAUGGUGAACGUCCACAGUAUUCACAAUUAUACAUACUGGAUACAAAUCAAGCAUUGCAGGAAAGAAUUAAUGAUCCAAGAAAUGCAAACCUGCAACCUGAGGUCUUGCAGCUGCUACAGGAUGAGCUCAUGGCUGUUAAUCCAUUUGCAAGGCAGUUUCAAAAUAUGGGACGAGUUCUUGAAAGAGAACGCAACAAUGCAACUGCAAACAAUCAACCAUUACCCCCAGUGAGGAUGAUCAUAGCACAGCGACCGUUUCAAGAUCGACGUUAUGAUAAUCCUACAGCAACAGAAAUAGCUGCAGUUUAUGUUGGAGAUGAUGGAGCAGCCCCUGACCCAGCUAACAGGGAUAUAGUAGUAUACAAUGCUGCCAACUACAAUACAACAAAAAUCAAAGCAACAUCUCCAAAUGCAGAUCCCCUGACAUAUCCUCUUUUGUUCUUUCAUGGAGAAUUAGGGUGGAAUGUUGAUCUUCGACGUAAUCAGCAGCAACCAGCAGCUCCUGGUCGUAAUCCAAGGGUACGAAUCACUCUCAAUGAAUUCUAUGCUUACAGGAUUGCUGUUCGAGAUAGUUUUUCAGCCAUUCACCACUCCAAGUUGCUUUUUCAGCAAUAUCUGGUUGAUGCAUACACAAAAAUUGAAGGAAAUGAACUGAACUACAUCAGAACCCAUCAAAGACAAAUGAGGGUAGAAUCAUAUCAAGGUCUCAUGGAUCAUGUACACAGGCGAGCUCAAGCUGAAAAUGCAAAUGUUGGCCGAAUUGUCAUUCUUCCUUCAAGUUUCCAAGGAGGUCAGCGAAAUAUGUAUCAAAACUACCAAGAUGCAAUGACUAUUGUAACAAAAUAUGGUAAACCUGACAUCUUCCUAACCAUGACUGCAAAUCCAAACUGGCCUGAGGUGAGAGAAAAUCUCCUUCCACACCAAACAGGCAAUGACAGGCCAGAUGUUAUCAGUCGUGUCUUUCACCUGAAACUCAAGGAACUUUUAUGUGAUCUUCUUCGAAGGAAUGUUUUGGGAAACGUGGUUGCAUAUGUUUAUACAAUUGAGUUUCAGAAAAGAGGUUUGCCACAUGUACACAUGGUUCUCUUUCUCUCAGAUGCUGAUAAACCACAUGCAGCAGAAGAUGUUGAUAGGUUAGUAUCUGCAGAGAUUCCAGAUCCAGAACAAUUCCCAGAUUUCCAUGAAGUGGUUAAGAAACACAUGAUCCAUGGACCUUGUGGUGAACUGGAUCCACACUGUGUUUGCAUGCAAAAUGGGGAAUGCAAGAAGAACUUUCCAAAAGCAUUAGCACAGGAAACAAUGUUUGAGGUUCGUGGGUACCCUGAGUACCGACGACGAGGGCAGUAUCGUGCACAGCUACGUCGUCAUUUGGUAAAUGACUCCUGGGUGGUUCCUUAUAAUCCUCACCUUCUCAUGAAAUUUAAUUGCCACAUGAAUGUAGAAGUUUGCAGCACAGUCAAAAGUGUCAAGUACAUCUUUAAAUACAUUCACAAAGGUAAUGAUUGUGCACAUGUUGAAAUUAGAGAGAACAUUUUGCACCAUGAUGAGAUUCUCCAGUAUCUUAAUGCAAGAUAUGUUGGACCACACCAGGCAGUGUUCAGGGUCAUGCAGUACAAAAUGCAUGACAAAAGUCACAUCAUCAUACGGCUUGCAGUGCAUCUUCCUCUACAACAUAAUGUUUAUUUCCAAGAAGGAAACGAGGAAAGGGUUCUUAAUGUGAACCCAAACACAACAUUAACUGCAUGGUUUCAACUUAAUCAAGAUGACGAAGAUGCUCAACAGUAUCUUUAUACUGAAGUUCCAGAGCAUUACACUUUUCAUCUGAGGACAAAGAAAUGGAAAAAAAGACAACGUGCUGCAAGGUCCAUUAUUGGCAGGCUUUAUCAAGUUCAACCUACAGAUCCACAAAGGUAUGCCCUUCGACUACUAUUGCUUCACCGCAGAGGGGUGACAUCCUUUGAAGACAUAAGAACCAUUGAUGGACAGCUGUAUGACACAUUCAAGGAU